GGACCAUGCACACAAAACAAAAAGGAGAAACAAAUGAUGUCCCAAUAGCUACUAGCUAACUUGCAGUCCCUAGGCAUUCCCUCAUUUUAUUGCCAAAAAACAUGUAAUCUAGUGCUGUAACUAGCAUACAUUCUAGUGCAAUUAUUACGUUUAUUGUAGUUGAUUUAUAACACGAAUUGUAGUGGAAUAACUCCAUUAAUGCAUUCAUAACAUGUAUUUUAGUGCAGUGAUUACAUUUGUUAUUGGGCUAAAAUAAAUGUAAUGUAUCAGUUACAAUUAUUACAUUCAUUCUAGUGCAAUAACUACAUUUAUUUUAAUACACAUAUAACAGUCAACAGACACUCAAAACAAUACAUCGUUUCUCAAAUGUAGAAUAACAUAUAACACACGCACACUUUAUUUGUGUAUCAGCGUGGGAGAGAAGGACAGUGUGCGCAUGCGCGACGCCAUCACGCAAACUGUUGAUCACUGUCAUUGAUCCACGAGCACAGCCACAUGAUAUGAAACCCCCUCGCACCCCCGCUGGCUUGACAAGGAAACAUGAAACCCUCAUCAUCAUGGUUCACUGUGCAGCAUUAUGUAAGUGUGUGUGAGCUGAGCUGCCUGACAUACAGGACAUCAUGUGCCGCCCGGAGAGGACGUGGUGCGGCGCGGAGGUGUCGGGCUGUCCUCCGCGCCGGACAGGAAGUAGUCCGGGGACAGCUUCACGCUAACGGACGCAUGGCUGCACUGAGGGGGGGUUCAGGCAUUUAUUUUGGGAUAGGGGGGAGUUGUGCAACGAGGGGAGAGAUCCACGUGUUUGUUUGAGUUUCUGCGUGAAGAAACACAUGGAGUUCAGGAAGAGAUGGACACAGGGGCGGCGCGUGCGGUGUCACAGCACAGCCUCGGUGCCUCAGUUCACCAACUCCCCCACCAUGAUAGUGAUGGUGGGACUCCCGGCCAGAGGAAAGACCUACAUCUCUAAAAAACUGACCAGAUACCUGAACUGGAUCGGAGUUACAACGAAAGUGUUUAAUGUGGGUCAGUACAGAAGAGAUGCGACGCGCUCCUACAACAGCUUCGAGUUCUUCAGACCGGACAACGAGGAGGCCAUGAAGAUACGCAAGUCCUGUGCCAUCGCUGCUCUGAAAGACGUCUGUGAUUACUUCACCAGAGAGCUGGGGCAGGUCGUGGUUUUUGAUGCCACCAACACGACGCUGGAGCGCAGAGAGGUCAUCCUCGGCUUCGCUGAGGAGAACGGUUACAAGGUCUUCUUUGUGGAGUCAAUAUGUGACGACCUAGAAAUCAUCGCUCAGAAUAUUAAACAAGUGAAGCUGAGCAGUCCGGACUACAAAGACUGUGACAAAGAGGAGGCUGUGGCCGACUUCCUGAAGAGGAUCGAGUGUUACAAGAUGACCUACAUCCCGCUGGACGACAACAAGGACAGGAACUUGUCCUACAUCAAGAUCUUCAACGUGGGCAGCCGGUACCUGGUGAACCGGGUCCAGGACCACAUCCAGAGCCGCAUCGUGUAUUACCUCAUGAACAUCCACGUCACCCCGAGGUCCAUCUACCUGAGCCGCCACGGAGAGAGCGAGCUCAACCUGUCAGGGCGCAUCGGGGGGGACUCCGGGCUGUCGCCUCGCGGGGCAAAGUUUGCCAGCGCUCUGGGGACCUACAUGCGCGGUCAGUGCAUCAGCGACCUGAAGGUGUGGACGAGUCACAUGAAGAGGACCAUCCAGACCGCCGAGGCUCUGGGGGUCCCGUACGAGCAGUGGAAGGCCCUCAACGAGAUAGACGCUGGUGUGUGUGAGGACAUGACGUAUGAGGAGAUUCAGGAGCAUUACCCAGAGGAGUUUGCACUGAGGGACCAAGACAAGUACCGCUACCGCUACCCUAAAGGAGAGUCGUACGAGGACCUGGUGCAGCGUCUGGAGCCGGUCAUCAUGGAGCUGGAGCGGCAGGAGAACGUUCUGGUCAUCUGUCACCAGGCCGUCAUGAGAUGUCUGCUCGCCUACUUCCUCAACAAGACUGCUCACGAGCUGCCCUACCUGAAGUGUCCUCUGCACACGGUGCUCAAACUCACACCUGUCGCCUACGGUUGUAAAGUGGAGUCUGUUUUUCUGAACGUUGAAGCUGUCAACACACACAGAGACAAACCAGUGAACGUGGACGUGGACAGAGAGCCGGCGGAGGCUUUGGAGACGGUCCCGAAUCACAUCUAGAGGACGACACGGGGGAACUGGUUUAAUUUCCAUCCACCUUAAUAGAAAGUGGCCUUUUUUAAUUUAAGUGAUACUAGUGUUCAUUGUUACCUGGGUAAUUGUUGUGAAAUGUAAAAUCAUUGUGACAUAUGAAAUUAGACAUUUCUCCUAUGGCAGCCUAUUUCCAUUGUAAAGCACUUUAUAAUGCAGGGCUCAGACGUCUGGCCUGAAGAAGAGGAGACUUCCUUUACUGUGAAAGUGAACUACUGCGGGUCAGGUGACCAGGAUCUGUUUGGAUAUUCGUGAACAUGCAUGUCUGUGUCUUCUUCUCUUCAUCCCUCAUUUCCUCCUCCCUACUUGUAAUAAUACAUCAGGAAACUUUAAAUCACCUCUUCAUGUCCAUGAUCUGACCACUUCACAUCGUGUUAUCUUGUGUCUCACAGAGGUACAUCAUAUGAGAAUCCAAACGACUGGGAAGCAGCAGUUCUUUUAAAACACAGUGGUGCAAACAGGAAGUAGGGGUUUAGUAACAAUGUAAAAUAAUACUUUAAAGAGAAAUAUGUGGAAGUAGUUCAACAUUUUGAUAAAUUAACGUAUUCACUUUCUUGCUGAGAGUUAAAGGAGAUAUACCACUCUCAUAUCUGUGCACUAAAUCUGAAGUCAAGGAAACAGUUAGCUUAGCUUAGCACAUAGAGUGUAGACAGGAAAACAGCUAGCCUGGCUCUGUGAAAAAUAAAUAUAUGCCAACCCUUCUCAAGCUUAAGGAUUAACCACUUAUAUCUGGUGAGGGGAAUCAUGAGAAACCAAAGUGUAAAAAUGGUAAAUUAUAUAUUUAAAUAAGGUUAUAUCUCACACUAUUUCUUGGCCUGGCACAAUGUUAUCACAAAGCCAAUCUCACAGCGAGGAUAGACUCAACAGUAUAGUAUUCAAUAUUAGUAUUCAGUUUCAGUCCGUGAUUAGGGAGAUUGUAUCACAUUUAUUGACACAAAUUAAAUGCUGUGUAUCCUUACCGUCAUGUUAACCUUAUUUGUAUGCUGCUGGCCGAGCCUCAUAUUUAACAUACAAAAAUAAGAGGGGUGUCGUCAUCUCAACUAACUGUUGGCAAGAAAGUGAACAAGUCCAAACUGUUUCUUAAACUAGGAGUGGCUUGUUUAUCGGAGUCAUUUCGUAUCCUGUCUAAAUCCACAAAAGGUACAGAUCCCACUGGUAAUUAUAACCAGGGUGUGGUGUUCGUGUCACGGUGUUCUGGUUUAAUAUAAUUAAAAGGGACAUUUGGCACUUUAACUGCCCAAAUACCAUGAUGUGCCUCACAUGAGUUAAACAUGAGUAUUCUAUGCACCCUCACUGCACACACACUGGAGGCAGAGGCACAGUGUGUGUGUGCUGUUUUUAACUGACAUUGGUCAUUUUAUUAAGAUACAUGAGGGACUCUGGUGCAAUAUAGUGUUUUUAAAUUGGUUUACAUGGACCUUAGCUCAAGUUCUGGCGGCCUGUAUCACAAAGCACGUUAAAUAUAUUUAAAUAUACUAGUGGUUAGCGCUCCAACACAAUUCUAUGUGAUUAGGUUAAGGGGCGGGACAUCUCUAAGCGGUUGACCAAUCACAACAGACUGGGCCAGCUAACCAAUCAGAGCAGACUGGGCUCUGGUUUCAGACGGAGGGUGAAAAGAGGUGCAGCAGCACAGGCAGUAUGAGGAAAAUAAAGAGCUUUUUGAACAUUAAAGCAUGGAGACAUGUAGAGACACUACAUACUGAUGAGCAGAAUAGUUGGAUAUACUUUAUUAAUCCCCAUCCUAGUGUUAGGAGCAGUGGGCUGCCAUUUUGAACAGCGCCCAGGGAGCAGUGUAGGGAACGGUGCCUUGCUCAGGGACACCUCAGUAGCACUUGGUCUUGCCAGGACUUGAACUGGUGACCUUCCAGUUGCCAAGCCAAGUCCCUAUGGACUUCGCCACCACCGCCCCCGAAUAGAAGGCCGUUAAACAUAACCAGCUAACUAACGGUAAGCUCUGUGAUACAGGCCUCCGGAUUUGAGCUCAUUUCUGUCACCUGGAGGACCAAUAGAAAAUACAAUCUUCUCAGGGGUUUUAUUUAAAUGCCACCACAUGAAAUAAAGUGUAAAUAAAUGCAUGUAUUAUUUCAACACAAUGUGAAAAGUGUCUUCGUCAGAAAUCUAGGAUUUAAAACCCAUGUUCAGUUCGUAGCAGAUUCAAUGUCAAAUCUGUACGUGUGUGCUUUGUUCGGGGAAAGGUCACAGCUUUUUCAAACUGCUCUUAUCGUCCAUUGUUGUGCCCGUGUGUCCAGAGCUCUGUAAUAUGUAGCUGCGAUGUCGAAGAGUUACACGUCGUCGUGUCGUACAGCCGUGAGCGUAUGUGAGGGAAAUGAAUGAAAAGUCAAAAUAAUGCAAUCAUUGAUCAAACAUAAAAUCUUUUAUUUUCUGAACAUGAACAAAUAACUGGUACCUUUUCAAAGUACAGACAAUAAAAACAAAAAUGGAAACCUGAA